AAUUGAAUGUGUUGGUUGGUGGAUGGGAGAGGAGCGAAAAGAUCAGUGUUCUCUCAGUACGUGCUCCUGUCCCUGAGAGUCCUCCUUCCUUCUCCUUCAAAUGCUGGAUUAUCUCUGGAGGGAGGAGUUAAAAAGCCCCUCAGCCCUCGGAUCCAGUUGAGAAAGUCUAUUUCCCUUUCAGCUCCUUUCGUCUGGGCUGAGCAUGGAACCCCUACUCCUCGUCACCUUGCUGUAGCUGUGUGUGACUUCCCGCUUCAGUCUUCCCUCCAGGGGAACCUAUCGGGAGCAUCAUUAUUGACCGUUCUCCCUCACCCAUUGAGCCAGGGUGUGUAAUUAAUCAAAUCCCAAUAGGGGCUAGUGAAUUGCGCUUCCCCUGCUGCUGCGGGGAUCCUCCACUACCAAACGAGUCAGGGGGAAGAAACUUUCAGCGCAGUCAGAUCCUUUUCCUCACCCCAGAUGUAGCUGAAUGUCUAGGUGUUGAGGGAAAGCUAAGAGAAUGAAGACUCUAAGCCCACAGUGGAAGCAUGAUAUGGCGAUGCAGUGCUGGUGCUGAAUUGUUCUCUCUGAUGGCUCUAUGGGAGUGGAUAGCACUGAGUCUUCAUUGCUGGGUUUUAGCGGUUGCUGCCGUUUCAGAUCAGCAUGCCACAAGCUCCUUCAACUGGCUCCUCUCUGAUAAGGGACCCUUCCAUCGCUCACAGGAAUACACAGAUUUUGUGGACAGAAGUCGACAGGGAUUUAGCACAAGAUACAAGAUUUACAGAGAGUUUGGCCGCUGGAAAGUAAACAAUCUAGCUGUUGAAAGAAGAAAUUUCCUUGGCUCCCCACUGCCUCUUGCACCUGAAUUCUUUCGCAACAUAAGACUACUUGGACGUCGCCCAACCCUUCAGCAAAUCACAGAGAACCUUAUCAAGAAAUAUGGGACACAUUUCCUAUUGUCAGCUACCUUGGGAGGAGAGGAGUCACUCACAAUUUUUGUGGACAAGCGGAAGCUGAGUAAGCGAUCAGAAGGAAGUGAUCCCAGCACCAAUAGUUCUUCUGUGACUCUGGAGACUCUGCACCAACUGGCAGCCUCUUAUUUCAUUGACAGGGACAGUACUCUCCGUAGACUUCACCAUAUUCAGAUUGCCUCCACUGCCAUCAAGGUAACAGAAACCCGGACUGGCCCUCUUGGCUGCAGUAACUAUGACAACCUAGAUUCUGUCAGUUCUGUUCUUGUUCAGAGUCCUGAAAAUAAGAUUCAGUUGCAAGGUCUUCAGCUCAUCCUGCCUGAAUAUCUGCAGGAGCCUUUUGUGCAGGCAGCUUUGAGUUAUAUUGCCUGCAAUUCAGAGGGGGAGUUUAUCUGCAAAGAUAAUGAUUGCUGGUGUCAGUGUGGCCCCAAAUUCCCAGAGUGCAACUGUCCUUACAUGGACAUUCAAGCCAUGGAAGAAACCCUGCUUCGCAUAAGUGAAACCUGGAAUGCUUACAACAGCGAAUUUGAAGAGUCAGUUGCCAAGAAUUCAGAGUCUACCUGCAAUGUGGACACCAGCUUAGAUGAAUUCAAGUUCUUUAUGAAAAGGCUGCCCAUGAACUAUUUCCUCAACACGUCUACCAUAAUGCAUUUGUGGACAAUGGAUUCUAAUUUUCAGCGUCGUUAUGAGCAACUGGAAAACAGCAUGAAACAACUUUUCCUUAAGGCACAGAAAAUUGUGCACAAGCUCUUUAGCCUAAGUAAGAGAUGCCAUAAACAGCCACUCAUCAGCUUGCCAAGACAGAGAUCGUCAAUCUAUUGGCUAAACCGCAUCCAAUCUUUUCUGUACUGCAAUGAAAAUGGUCUUCUGGGAAGCUUUUCUGAAGAGACUCAUUCGUGCACCUGCCCUAAUGAUCAGGUCGCCUGCAAUGGGUUCCUUCCCUGCAUUGUGGGAGAUGGCUCUGCAUGUUUGACCUGUGCACCUGACAACCGCACCCGCUGUGGGAACUGUAAUACUGGAUACAUGCUAAGCCAAGGGCUUUGCAAGCCUGAAGUGGCAGACUCCACAGAGCACUACAUUGGGUUUGAGACAGAUCUUCAGGAUCUGGAGAUGAAGUAUUUAUUGCAAAAAACAGACCGGAGGAUUGAAGUCCAUGCCAUUUUCAUCAGCAAUGAUAUGCGCCUCAAUAGCUGGUUCGAUCCCUCCUGGCGCAAACGGAUGCUCCUUACCCUUAAGAGUAACAAGUACAAGUCUAGCUUGGUCCAUAUGAUACUGGGUAUCUCUCUUCAAAUUUGCCUAACAAAAAACAGCACCUUGGAACCUGUUCUAGCUGUUUACGUCAACCCUUUUGGAGGCAGCCACUCUGAAAGCUGGUUCAUGCCUGUGAAUGAAAACAGUUUCCCAGACUGGGAGCGGACUAAGCUGGACUUACCUCUUCAGUGUUAUAACUGGACGCUGACUCUAGGCAACAAGUGGAAGACAUUUUUUGAAACAGUACAUAUCUACUUGAGGAGUCGAAUUAAGUCAAAUGGUCCAAAUGGCAAUGAAAGCAUCUACUAUGAACCCCUGGAAUUUAUCGAUCCUUCACGUAACCUAGGCUACAUGAAAAUCAACAACAUCCAAGUGUUUGGCUACAGCAUGCACUUUGACCCAGAAGCAAUUCGGGACUUAAUUUUGCAGCUGGACUACCCCUAUACUCAGGGAUCACAGGACUCAGCACUUUUGCAGCUUUUAGAGAUACGGGACCGUGUAAAUAAACUCUCCCCGCCUGGCCAGCGUCGUCUAGACCUGUUCUCUUGCUUGCUACGACAUAGACUCAAACUAUCUACCAGUGAGGUGGUGAGGAUUCAAUCCGCUUUGCAGGCCUUUAAUGCCAAAUUACCAAACACAGUGGAUUAUGACACAACCAAAUUAUGUAGUUAACCAUCAAUGUGAAGCACAACACAAAACCUUGAAGGAGUUUUUACAGUGCUUUUGUGGAACAGUUUAUGUUUGGAGGAGUAAAUUUAAAUUGUCUUUUCAAUAUCUGUCUUAUAUCAGUCAAUACCAUUGGAUGGCAAUUUACACACAUGAACUUGCUGACAAUGAAUAUAUUAUACCUGCAGUUUUGGUUUAUGAAUGAAAUAAAUACUGACACCAGUCUAGAAGACAUUCUACUUUUUACAAUAAAUUUCAUUUGUAAUUUUAUAUGUUCCGUGGCAAUGCUUUUGUGCAUUACAUCCUCUAGAAGGAACAUAAAAGGAUACCAAUAAAA